UCCAUCACCUUAUCCCGCCACAACGUUUCCCAUGAUACCCUACACAUUCAUUGCUCAUCACCUUGUUCAACCAUCAGAUUGUUGUACUCGUUGUCUCCCGUAGUUUCCUAUCAACAUGUCCUAUCAACAUUAUCCUAUCAACAUGUCCUACACCACACUAACACUCAAUACGUCAUAUUCUACAUAGUUAUUGCAUCAAACAACUUGAACAUCAACACGCAUCACAACCACAGACACUCUCAUGCCCACGCAUAUUAUUCAGACCCAUAUAUUUGAAUUUAUCGCCCAGCAGAGAUCAUUUUUACUACUACGUGUACGUCCUCCUAGUACAACAACUACAUUUUUUGUAACGAAGAAUCGCUUCAAUAACACAUACCACUGCAGCAUUUCCUCCACAACAUGACAGCAUCACGACAUAGAUCGAAUCAGAUAUUGUCCAAGAACGAUUUAGAAUCCUACUUUCUUACGUAGCUUCCACAUUCACCAAGAAUUUUAUAAGUCUUCAUGAAACAAAUAACGAGACGCAUUUCCUGAAUAUCGACGACGACGAACCUGCCGACGCCUACUGUUGCAUGAGAUGAAUCAUGACCUCCACGACUCCAGG